AUGGCUCCAGAAAAGCCAGCACCCGCUCGGAAACGCAAUAGGAAACGCAAGAGGCGUUUAGCGUCAUCUUCGUCGUCGUCUUCGUCAUCCGACUCUUCCGACUCUUCAUCAGACGAGGGGGCACCAAAAGUGACCAUAAAAAAACGUGUCCCAGUAAAACCUCCACCAGCCCAUGAGUCUUCGUCGGAGGAAUCAUCUUCGUCCUCGUCUUCAUCCGAUUCAGAAUCCGAACCCGAGGCUGCUGCAGCGAUUCCACGGGUUGCGCCUGCGACACAGGCCCGAUCCACUCGCGUCGCACAAGAGCCGCGACGAUCACCCUCCCCCUCACCUCCGCCCGCCCCAAUACCAUCAUUCCUACCCUCUGUAGAAGACUCAACUAAUGAUCAUCGCGAGGGUGUGCUGAAAGAACGAUUCCGCAAAUUUUGGAUGGGGUCAGUUGCGGACGGCUUUAGAGAUGAUUUGGAGCAGAUUCGCAAGGAACCUCAUAUGACGACAUCACGACUAUCUUUGUUGAUUGAUUCAUUGGCAUCGGGUGCCGACGUCUUUACGUCGUCGUCGACUAAAAGUAAUAAUGUGAACGAGAUGGACAUCGUUCUUAACAGUAAUAAUGAUGUAUAG